AUGGAUCAAAGUCUUACUCCAAUCUCAUCACGAUUACCACCAUCAUCAUCAUCUAACCAUAACCAUAAUCAUAAUCAUUCAAACUCAAAUCAUCGAUCGAUCUCAACUUCAUCUUUAUUCGAUUCUUCAUCUUCAUUUCAAAAAAUCAAUCAAAAUCAACUUCUUCAUCAUUCAAAAAAUCAACCCACAUCAAGCUUUCAUUCAACUUUCAUCUCUUCUUCUUCUUCUUCACUCUUACCUUCUCAAUAUCAAUCUAAUUCAACUUAUACUCAUGAUCCACGUAACCUUCGACCUUCAUCAGAUUUGAGACUUAGUUCUGGCUCAUCCGCUCCUUCCAAUCCCACUAACACAUCUUCGCAUUCGAAUCUAAACUCACUAUCCCACAUCAACUCACAACACUCAUCCUCACGAGCUCUUUGGCCAAACACAGACAUGUCGAUCUCAUUCUCCUCUCGUCCCGGUUCUCCUGCCUCAUUUGUAUCUUCUCUACACGAUCACGAUCAACAUCCGAGUACUUCAUCAAGUAAUCUAUCAAUACCUACGCUUAAACCUUCAACAAGUCAAGUUCUUCUCUUUCCAACCCGUGCUGGAGUCAAACAGAGAGUUUCAAUUCAUCAACCUAGAGGUUCGCUACCUACCACUUCCGCUCGAGCUAGAGCUCCGAUGGUACCAGUCUCCAUGAACUCUCGGCAUAACUUCCUUAGCUCAUCAGCUUCACAACUCCAACUAUCACGAUCUUCCAGUUCCUUUGAAUCAGGUGCUUCAAGUUCUUCUCAUCCAACCGUCGCUUCCACUCCGACCUAUGGCACUCAGCUUACCUCUUCAGAAGAUGCAGGUCACCUUUCUUCUUCUGCGCUAACUUCAACUUCCAGUCAAGAUCUACAAAUCUCUUCUAAUGGUGAUUUAGAGAGGCAGAGAGACGGAGAAUCGAUCAGUGAACACUCAUCAGUGCUUUCGUCAACUUUGGCUUCGCAUCAGACGAAUGAAGAUCAACCGACACCAUCCAAAACACAUCCCAAGUCACAUUUACCCGUUGUGGAUUCAUCCAGUUCCAAAUCUUCCCAACCUCCCACAAUCCCCAUCCUUCAACUCCCACUCGAUCAAAAUAAUUCGAAAUCCCUGCUUGAUUUUGAGUUUGAUACAAUGCUGCCUAGCACAGAUUUAACCGACUUUCUCGGAAAACCCAUCCCUAAAUCAUCCGUGCCAAGCUCUACAAUGGCAGUCUCUUCUUCUGAUUCGCAGGGUGAUUUCAGCACUUCUUCUGACCUCGACUCCUCGAAGCGUGACACUCUGAAGAGUUUUGCAGAUAUUAUCAAGCCUGAUGGUCUAGAAACCUCUAUCAAGACUUCAUUAGAUCUUUCUUCUCUCGAAUCUUACGCCCAUCGACCGGAUCACGAUUUCACGACGCCUCAGCACGCCAUAGACACCAAUUCAUUCAAAAUACAAUCUUCUACCCUUUCCGCACCCCUACUACUCGAUUUAGAUAUUUCAGGCCGGGGACCAUCUCUUGGCUCUGCGAAACUUAAUUCUGCAAGCUUGAGAGAUGCUGAAAUUGAUGCUUACGAUUUCAAACUUCAAACCGAUAAGCCACUUCAUGCAAGCUCUGGUACGAUGAUAUUUACCAGCGAAGCCUCAGAAGACAAUGAUUCUUAUUUCCCAACAAGCCUAUCUGAUCAUGAUGAAGCAGAUGACGACUUUGACAAUUACGACGUUGCGCAUAGUGCUCCUGGGAGCAGUAGCUGCGAUAGUCAUCCAAGACAGCCACCUCGCUCUGACAUGAAAACUAGUCCAUAUCUCCAAAGGUCAGCACCAUCUUGUAUGAAUGGUACUUCAUCCAGUGUUGCACCUGGAUGUAUUGGAGUCGGAGCUUCGGGAGUCCUGAAGAGAGGUAUGAGCAAACUCAAGAUCCCUCAAAGCAAGAUUGGCUAUCGGGAGGAGUUCAAACAUACGCUUUCAUCUUCCGACAUCUCUUCUGUAGCAGGGCACACAACUAAUCAACCUGACAAGAACGGGUUCAUCGGUCCUAGUCCAGUCUCUUCCAUGGUAUCUUUCAAUACCAUCAACUCUCGAACAUCUUCCAAGAACUCUGGCAACAGUCGUAUGGCUCGAUUGAUUUCACGUGUCACCGGUUCAAAUGCUCAUACUCAAAAUUCCAAACCCAACUCAUUUCCCGCGCCUACAACUCGUGACUCCGACCAAAAUCAUGCCGAUGUACCAACAAUCGAAAUCAAGACGCUGAAAAAGAAAAACAGUCUGUCGAAUAUACUGGAGAGCUUCGGGUCUAAGGAUAAAUCUAAGCCAAACAGUGCUUUUAACACUGUUAACUCCAAUGGACCAUCGAUCGAAUCUUCAACACAACGUCCCACUAUCGCUCGAAAAAGUACUGAUCUAUUACUCCGACCAUUUACCAAGUCUCGGACGCAUACCGAUCCUCAACCCAUCGCAGGUGAUCGUGAUCAUAAUCAAACACCUACCUUGCCUGAAAAACCAGCCACUCGACCGACUCUGAGAGCCAAACGAUCAUUCGACAUGCUCAAAUCCAAAUUGACCACCGGGCGAAAAAGCAUGGAUGAACUAUCGGUAUCUAUUGUUUCCACUCUACCUUGA